AUGUAUGGCGCUAUGAAAAAAUUCCCCAAUGAGUUCCCGCCAGCUAUUCCACUUGGAUUUGAGAACGUCAUAACUCCAGAUGAAUGGUUAAAGUUUGUGAACUCAAGAAUAACUCUCGAGUGGCGUAGAAAGAGAGAAGAGAUGCAAAAUUAUCGAGCAUUGAAUAAAUACAAUCACAACCUCUCUAGAGGAGGCUAUGUGCGUAUUGAAGAGAUGUUAAUGGAACAAAGUGGGAAAAGUCUAACUGAACUUGACAGGGCAGACUUGUGGAGCAUGGGUCGUCGGAAUGCAAAAGGAGAGCUAGUUGGAGAGGCCUCUGAGAUUCAAAAAAAUAUUGAUCAUUACCGACAACUCCAAGCUGAGGGUAAAUGGGCACCUGAUGGCCCUGAUGAUGUGCUGACGAGGGCGUUGGGCACUCCUGAGCCCCGAGGACGUGUUAGGGCUGGAGGACACGGUGUGUCCCGCACAGUAUACUGGAAUACUCCAACACCUACCUCAACGAAAAAAAAAUCGAAAGCCUCUUCUUCGAAUGACGACAUUAGAAAGGAGUUUGAAGAAAGAUUUCGAAAACAAGAAGAAGAGCAUCGUCAACAAGCACAACGUCUAGAAGAGCGCCUUCAGCAACAAGAUGAGCUCUUGAGAAAAUUCAUGGCCCAACAGAGUGGGUCGGGAUCCAACGUUGGAGUCCCACUAGCACCACCAUCAUACUAUGUGCCCGACCCACCAGUUUCACUGAUAAGCGUAAAAAAUAUACGCUUAUUUAUAACAUUUUCAGAUUGA